AACUGAAAAGAUGACGUAAAUCUUAUGAUGUCAACGGGGUCAACGUCAUCCUUAUCGCAGCAAAUGGCUGCAUAAAUAGGUGCAAGAACUCUUACAGUUUCUGCAAAGUAAGAAAAUCAGGAUCUUUACAUAUUCCAUUUUCCCAUGGCCGCCACCAAGCUAUUACUGACAGACCUCGCAUCUUCAGUUAAGCAGGUACCUUUCAAUUACAUCAGACCAAUCUCCGACCGUCCAAAUCUCUCUGAUGUUCAGGUAUCCGAUGUUUCCCUUCCUCUGAUCGACCUCCAGGACCUCUAUGGUCCCAACCGCUCUGAUAUUCUUAAACAGAUUGCCCUAGCAUGCGAACAUGACGGUUUUUUUCAGGUGAAGAACCAUGGGAUUUCAGAGGCAUUGAUCAAUAACAUGCUGCGUUUAGCUAGAGAGUUCUUUCGAUUACCGAAGAGUGAGAGGCUGAAGAAUUACUCUGACGACCCUUCAAAGGCCAACCGAUUGUCAACUAGUUUCAAUGUUAAGACUGAGAAGGUUGCCAACUGGAGGGAUUUUUUGAGACUCCAUUGCUACCCUCUCAAAGAUCACGUACACGAAUGGCCUUCAAAUCCCCCAUCCUUCAGGGAGGAUGCGGCUGAGUAUUGCACUCGUGUCAGAGGUUUAGUGCUAAGACUGCUUGAGGCCAUAUCAGAGAGCUUAGGCCUGAAGAGGGAUCAUAUUGAUAAGACAUUAAGCAAGCAUGGCCAACACAUGGCUUUAAACUACUAUCCACCCUGUCCAGAGCCAGAACUUACUUAUGGUUUGCCUGGCCAUACUGAUCCCAAUUUAAUAACCAUUCUUCUUCAGGAUGACGUGCCAGGAUUACAGGUUUUGAGAAAUGGCAAGUGGGUUGCCGUCAACCCUAUUCCCAACACCUUCAUUGUCAACAUCGGUGACCAAAUGCAGGUGAACUUCCCAUGCGUUGUUUGUCCAAAAAAUUUUAGGCCAAAUUUGGACAGGAAGUUGAAGGAAAUGGACUUGCCAGCCCAACAUGUUAGACACUGUCAAUUAGCAUCUAGCACGCCAGACUGAAAGUGAUUAGCAAUGAUCGUUACAAAAGUGUACUUCAUCGAGCUGUUGUGAACUGCAAUAAAGAACGAAUAUCCAUCCCUACCUUCUACUGUCCAUCAAAUGAUGCUUUGAUAGGUCCGGCUACGGAGUUGAUCGAUGAUGAGCACCCUGCAGUCUACAGAAGUUUUGCCUAUGGCGAAUUCUAUGAGAAGUUUUGGAAGAGGGGACUUGCAACAGAAUGCUGCCUGGACAAGUUCAAAACUUCAAUAACUUGAUCUAUUGUCAAGAUUUCGUACUUCACAUUAAAGUUGAAAUUUCAACGUCUUUAAUUAAGUUCAAUGUUUGGCAUUUCA